UUUCGCUCGCAGCGUAAAUGACUCUCUUUGUUUUGCUCGAGACUCCGUCUUCCCCGCGGCGCGUCUCACCUUCGCGCAACACGAAACCUAUCGUUGCAAGAUUAUAAUAUAUACGAUACAUCCCCGGUUGAAUAAUAUAAACAGUGUGACACGCACAUGGAUGCAUCAUUGGCCUCGAAUGUUUUGUCAGUAACAAUCAAUGAUCAAUUGGGAACGGAUACACCUUGAAGGAUGCGGCAAUGGAUCGCCGCGGUGCGCAUGUCGUGUAAUCUAGUGUUAGGGGUUACCUUCCUACCCCGUGAAGCAAGUAAAUUCGCGUUUUGCGCGUGAAAGACAGAGGGUCCGCGAACGAAAUAAACGCGUGCAUUUCGAGCUUUGCAGCCUAUUUUUCAUACGAUAAUCGUUAUUCGACAAUCAGAUCAUCAUUCUCGAUUACCGAGGAACACAGUGGAAGUUAUUGAUUAACAUUGUGAAACACAGUUCCAGCGAUAUUGGCUGCUUCUUAUUCCGCGGGGAACAACGUCCAAUAGCAAGCUUUUUUUUAAAUAAACAAAACAAGAUGAAAGUGGGACUGUUGAAUAAUUUUUUGCAUUAUUUUAACCUGAAGCAAGGCACGGUGUUGAUAGCCGUGUUUCAGCUGUUUUCGUCCGGAUUCAGCAUGAUAUUUUUCGUGCUCGCACUGGCGCAUGCCAUGGGAAUUCAAGAAAUGGUGGUAAGGGACACGGAAGAUGCUCUUGAGAGGGAAGCUCUCGAAGAUAUAUCGUCUCAUCACCUGAACACAAAGAAAAUGGAUAUGGCGCAUCAUAAUGCGACCGAAACGGUCUACUCGAUGUAUUGCGGAUUAGUCAUCACAGUGAUACAUUUUCUUUCUACUAUUUUGCUCCUAUACGGGGCAUUAACGAACAAUCGUCACUUCAUGGCUCCGUGGAUGAUGGUCAUGAUGACUAUAAUAUCAGCGCUAACGAUCUCUCUGUUCUUAGUAGAACAGGAUUGCCCCUUUAUCGCUACUCUUGGCGGCAAAGCGGACAUCUGCGAACGUAUAAUCGUUCUGUUUCUCAUUAUCACAAGCUGUUACGUGUGGUUCGUUGUCUACAGUACUUAUAAGAGCCUCGAGACAAAGAUAGGAUUGACGCACAUUCUUCACGGCGUGAAGAAAAAGCCGCUGGUACCGGUCGUACAAAAAUCGAAAAUCAAUCAGCCGCGCGCGAACAAACCAUACGAGGUUUAAGAGUAUUAAUGAGAAAGGUGUAGAAGUAGCCACAUUGUCGAGAAGGAUGAGCGAGAGGCUCGACGACGAACAGAUGAAGAAAUAAUUUCAUGUUGAACAUACACUGUACGUUAUAAGACACGACAAAAGCGUUUAUAAAGCUCAAAAAACGAUCUUCAGUACAAACAGCUUGCUUCGUAUGUACACACGUUAUUUCUCGCUUAGAUGUUAUAACUACUCGUUGAUAAUACGCGUUGUUCAAUCAUGACAUUCUGAAACUCUACUAUGGACGACAACGCACAGAUUUACCAUUAUUCUUAAAUCUGUAAUAAUGAAAAGCAUAUCGUAAAAGCGGCGACGCAUAUAUCGUAAUCUAUUUUUCAAUUCGGUUAUUGCUGCGGUUGAACUUUGAAAUGGUUUUAAUCAACGAUGUCUUGAUAGUUCGAUCGCUUUUUGUUGAAACUUUCGUAUAUGCCACGGCACAUUCUCCUUAUGUAAGACUGAAUAUUAACUGCUAAAGCGUUACAGUA